UCCUGGACGGUCGCCCCUGAUUUCACACAUCAUGCCCACUCUGCCUCCCUGUCAGCGGUGGCGGUGAAUAACAGAUACGUGGUUACAGGGAGCAGAGAUGAGACCAUCCAGAUCUAUGACAUGAAGAAGAAGGUAGAACAUGGGGCGCUGCUGCAGCACAAUGGCACGAUAACUUGUUUGCAGUUCUAUGGUUCUGCGCACCUACUGAGUGGGGCUGAAGAUGGACUAAUUUGUAUCUGGAACACAAAGAGAUGGGAAUGCUUGAAAUCCAUUAAGGCACAUAAGGGUCACGUGACAUCUCUGUCUAUUCAUCCUUCUGGGAAAUUAGCUUUGUCAGUAGGAACAGAUAAAACAUUAAGAACCUGGAAUCUUGUAGAAGGACGAUCAGCCUUUGUCAAAAACCUGAAGCAAAAUGCCCAUAUAGUUAAAUGGUCCCCUGAUGGAGAGAGAUACCUGACUGUGACAACAAAUAAAGUGGAUGUCUACCAGCUGGACACAGCUUCAGUCAGUGGUACUAUCACAACAGAGAAGAGGAUUUCGUCACUUAGAUUUAUUACAGAUUCUGUCCUUGCCAUAGCCGGAGAUGAUGAAAUGGUAAGGUUCUACAGUUGUGACUCGCAAAAAUGCCUGUGUGAAUUUAAAGCUCACGAAAACAGAAUAAAAGAUAUCUACAGUUUUGAAAGAGAAGGACAACAUGUUCUUGUUACUGCAUCCAGUGAUGGUUAUAUUAAAAUGUGGAGUCUGGAUCCUAAUAAGAUGAAAGAGACACCGUCUUUACUGUGUGAAGUCAAUACCAAAGCUAGGCUGACGUGUCUUGCAGUAUGGAUUGACUGUGCUUCAGAAAUGAAAGAAAAUCCUGAUACAGCUGCGGCAGCAUCUCAGGCAAAUGAAGAAGAAAAAUCAUUAAUAGUCAAGAAAAGCAAAGUUUGUGGGGCUGAUACAAGCGAUAAAACAGCAAAAAGAAAGAGAAAAAUUAUCCUAAAGAAGCAAAAAUUGGAAGCUCCACUGCAAAAGAAGAAAAAGAAACAAAAUAGCUCAACAUGAAGGCAGCUACUUUCUCUCCCGAAUAAAAAGUAAAUGCUGUUUUUUAUAAGGCUGUAAACCUCUGACGGGACACAUACCUUUGAAAUAGUCCAUUGUUUAAAAGUAAUGAAUGUAUUUUUUAUCCUAAUAAACGGACUGAUCAUUCUGGGAA